AUGGUGAAUACUCGAAAGGGUUCGUAUAUGGUGAAGUCGUCCGAAGAUGAACCUGCAGCUCAAAUUUCAUCGCCUUCUGUACAAAAGGUGAAGAUGAGAGGACGUCGGUUCAAAAGUACUUCACCACGGAGACUUUAUCGGCUCCCUUCCAAAAAAUCUCAGGCGGAGGUUUCAAGCAGACUGUUUGAGUCUCUACUAGAAACUGUUGAUUCUCCUAAUCCUGCAUCUUUAGGUGCACAUGCACCGAAUGUUCCUAAGUCUCGUCUGACUAAUAUGGAUUCAGAUGACCUAGAUGACGUACCUUUGGCUCGAUUAUUGAAGAAGACUAUUGUUUCUAAGGAAAGCUCGUCAACUGAAGGAGUGUUUGUUCCUACUCCUGGUAUUCAGCACACUUUAAAUGUUCAACCUGGACCCUUAAUUCACUCUCCUUCUGUUCGUUCUCCUCUUUCAGAACCACUUCCAUCUGAACCGAAUAUUGCCCAUGCAUCUGUUCCUGGUGAUGUUUCUGUUGCACUUGAGGUUAGAACUGAUGUUCAUAAUGAUGAGGAUGAGCUGGAUCCUCCUAACCCUGACGAUCAUUCUGAAAAAUUUUCUGUUGCAGCUGAUAAUAACCCAACUGCUCCAUUUGCUUCUCAUGAAAUUCCUGAUGAAUCACAGUCAGCUAAGAAGAAAUCUCAGCAGAAUCAACAUAAUAUAACUACCAAAACUGGCAGAAAGAAGAUUCCUCCUAAUGUUCCACCUGUUCCAAUCGAUGGAAUAUCCUUUCAUCUCGAGGAGAGUGUUCAGUGUUGGAAGUUUGUUGUCCAGCGAAGUUUUCUGCGAAAUGAUGUUGCUCUUAACUGUUCUCUGUCAUCUCCUUCAACUAAAGUUUUGGCUUCUGCUUUAUCUGGUGGGACUCUAUCUUCGUGGCCUGUCAAUGGUACACCUGCAGUUGCUAUUAGUGUCAAAUAUGCCAUCCUGCAUAAGAUCGAUAUUGCCAAUUGGUUCCCAUCAUCCCAUGCCUCCAAUGUAUCUGCUGCCUUGGGGACUUUCGUGUAUCGAAUUUGUAAUAACGAUACAGUGGAUACAGACACUUUUAUAUAUAAUCAGCUUUUAAGGCAUGUUGGUUCGUUUGGGGCCAAGAUUCCAAUUGCUCUCCCACGGUUCUUCUUUAGUCUGCUCCUUCAUUUGAAUGUUACUGUGAUAACUGCAUCUGAUGUUCCUAGAUCUGAUCCUAAAACAUUAUCCCUCAGCUACAGACUUUUUCAAGGCAGUCAUGUGCUUGAUAUUGAUCAUGAUGUGCAUCCUUCUCAAGGACUAUGCAUCUUCGAUACAAGUGACUGGGAUGAGUUUGCUGAUGGCUUCUUUAUUGAUCGCGAGUUAGCUUCUAGAAUUGUUAAUUCACUUACCGCUGAAUCUCGAGCUCUGUCUAAUUCCAUCAAUAUGUUAUCUAAACGGCGGCUAGAAGUUGACUCUCUCAUUCGUCAUUUGAAGACUUUUGCACCAUUUACUAGUCGAAGGGAUCAUGGAUCUGACUGA